GCGCACGGCAUUCUGUCCACACCCUCGAAGCCCCUCCAUCGAGCUUCCAACAGCGCCCAGGUCGAGGCAAUCGCGUCCAUUGUCGGUGGGCUCGAUGGCUUCCCUCACCUCGCAGUCGUCGCAAAACUCAGUGUCGUCUCGACUCUCGUCCAUCCCACCGACGGCAAUGUCCAACAUCUCGGUUCUGCUUGGAUAUGGACGCAUCAGCACUUCCACCACUUCCUCCAAGCCGCCGCAGCCCGUGUCGAUCACGCGGCUCUAUAACAUAACGGCCGAAGCGACCGCCCUCAACCUGCUGCUCUCGAGCCGAGUCCCGCUCAUCUACUUCCUGACGUACCUGCUGACAAAGUACUCUGUCGAGCUGCUCUUUUUCGCGAUCGAUGUCCAGCGCUACUGGGAAAACGAUCACGAAGACGUCGAGGCCGUGCUGAUCUACCAGACUUACCUCGACUCCUCGAGCACACUCGAGAUCAACGUCACGGACAAGGCGAAGCGCGUCGUCAAAGAUGGCAUGAAGGAGAUCCUGUCGACGAUGACACCAUCCCUGACCCCGGAUCUCGGCCGGGACGACAAGAACCUGAUCGACCCGCUCAUCUUCCAACAAGCCUACAACGAGGUCUUUGAGCUCCUGACCAAGCACUACACCGCGUUCAUGACGUCGCGGUCCAAGUUCCUGUCGCUCUACAUUUCAAAGUUCGACAAGCUCAUCAGCCGGGUCACCACCCUCGGCGGCAAGUACAAGCUGAUGAACCUCAAGGCCGACCCCGUCACCAAGGCCGCUGUGAAGGUGCUAACUCAAGUGCUCGACAUCACCUUCCCAAAGCCCAGCAUCGAGGAGGAGGAGGAGGAGGACGAGGACGGCGACCCCGCUCGCGACUCGUUCCUUGGUCCAGACCAUCCCCGAGGAUAUGCCUCAGAAGCAGCGCAGUUAUGGGGUAACCACGCGACCCUGAUGCGCAACCAGAUCGAGUUCUGGCUUGAGGAUCGCCUCGCCCUCAAGCUGCGGUAAAACUGCCUUCCCCCCCCCUCAGAUCAGUCGACGUCUGCGGGGCUGCGAAUGUCUCGGACAUGGCCGGUGCCGGCAUGUCGGCGGUCGGUCUGCUCACGCCCCAGUGUGUUUCCCACGUAGAUCAUGCUUGUUCGCGACCACUCUGGUCGUUGGCCUUAGACCUUGCUUCUAUUAUUUGACUCUGCUGGCCACUUGCCCCGCAUGCACAGUUGCUUUGACUUGGCU